AUGCAGCUACUUUGGCCUUUAAUACUGCUCCUAGAUAGCGUAUUAUGCAGCGCUUCCAAUAUAACUCCAGCUGGGUUGACUGUGCGCUUGAACGACAUUUCAUACUUGAUCUCUCCACAUGUCACAGCAACAAUUUCUGUCGACCCCUCCGCAUUUGCAAACACUCCCUCUUUAUUUGGCCUGGUUCCAGUUUCGGUUUUCACCAACGAUACGGUGGUCGAGAAUGUCGCGAAAGUAGCCAGCUCUUGGGCACAAGUUGAUGAUGUUUUUCAGCCGGCCUUUCUUCAACUAACUCUUCUUGAUCGUGUACCAGGCAAACAUGUCAAUGGUAGUAGCAAGACGGUCAAGGCCAUCAAAACCAGCAACUCUACAAUGAUUCAAUAUUCGUCAAACUCGAAAAUCCCCCAAGGACCCUUCUUUUUGGACAAGUCAACCGGGGAUUUGCAUCCAAUCUAUCGACUAUAUGACGACUUUGCCGGCACUUUCAAUGAGGCUCUCUUGCAAGACCCCAAUGGCACAUUUCAGACACUGUCGGCGAGAAUACCCGGCUCAGCCACGUUGACCAUUGGUGUACCCUCUAGACUGUACUUUGAGCCUUCCGAAACACAACCUCUGGCCGGCGUCCGUAUUGCCGUCAAGGAUAUUUUUUCACUAGCCGGAGUCAAAAAGUCAAAUGGCAACAGGGCAUGGUAUCAUCUUUAUCCUCCCGAGAACACCACUUGUACCGCCAUCUCAAGAUUGGUGGCCGCGGGAGCCGUGGUUGUAGGCACGCAGAGACUGUCACAAUUUGCCACCAGCGAGGUCGCCACGGUAGACUGGGUAGACUACCACUCACCAUUCAAUCCUCGCGGCGAUGGUUAUCAAGAUGCUUCCUCGUCAAGCUCUGGCGCCGGAGCAUCCAUCGCAUCGUAUGAAUGGCUCGAUGCGGCUGUUGGUACCGAUACUGGUGGCAGUAUCCGAAGUCCUGCCGGCGUCAAUGGCGUCUUUGGAAAUAGACCCUCUCAUGGCUCUGUGGCCUUGGAUAAUGUCAUGCCCCUGUCCGAACCGCUAGACACGGCCGGAUUCCUCGUGCGAGACCCCGUGCUUUGGGACAAGCUACAGCAGGUCAUGUAUGGCCCGAAUUAUACCACAAGGCUGGCUGAGGAUAAUGACGAUGCACCUUUCCGAUAUCCGACAAAUAUAUGGACAGUCUCGUGGCCAGACUCGACUACUGAAGCUAGUUACCUUCUCAACGACUUUGCUAGUGCCUUGGCAAAACAUGUCAAUGGCACUCUGGAAACUCUGAAUCUGACGGAGCUAUGGAGUGACAGCAAUUCCGAGGAUCCAGACGUUGACUCGGAUUUGGCGACAAUGCUCAACGUCACGUAUCCAGUUCUGACUGGGCAAGGCCAAGUAUCCAAAGUGAUAGAGCCGUUCUUGGCCGACUAUGCGGCCUUGCACGAUGGACGACGUCCGUUUAUUGAUCCUGCGCCGCUCGCCCGUUGGGCCUGGGCGGCCAAUUACUCCUGGGACGAAGCGAUGCACAACAAGACGCUCUUCAUGAACUGGUUCAACACGGUCGUUCUGCCUCGGGUGAGCGACCCGGCGCAGUGCUCGUCUGGUCUGGUGCUGUACCCGGCCAAGGUGGGCACGCAAGCCCUGCGGAACCGCUACGAUAUUGACCCGCCGGCUCCGUACACGGGGUUCUCUGCUUCCCGCAUGUCUGUGUUUUGCGAGUGCCCGGAUUUCAUCUUUCCCAUUGGUGAGAUGCCGAACUGGAGCAGCAUCACGAAUCAUGAAGAGUAUCUGCCCGUGGCUGUGGGAAUACUGGCUGCCAAGGGCUGCGAUGGGCUUUUGUCGCGUUUAGCCAUGGACUUGGUGGACGCAGGCGUUUUGCAGGCGCCUAGAGUUGGGAGUACAUUGGGGGGUGGUGCUAUACUUUAUUGA